UAAAAAAAAAAAAACUAUUCCUAGAAUUACUCUAACUAUAUCCUAUCAAUCCUAAUUAUGACUAAUUAAAUCUAAGUAACACCUAAUCCUCUAAUUAAACCAAACAAACAGUUAGAACUCAACACAAAAUUCAUCUUCUUCACAUUUCCACGCUCAGCAUAUCCAGAAGAAAAAUAAAACAGUAUUGCGGCGAAGAAUCUAACUGCGUCGGUUCUCGCCACCGACGACGGCGGUUCCAAUCGGCGACGUGUCUCCCGUCGCAUCCACCCCGUCAUGGCAUCUAACUAUCUCGUACGAGAAAACGCAUAACCAACUAAAAAAAGAGAACGCAUAACUCACCUCAACGUAUGGUACGAUCUUCGAUUCUCGGCGGAUCGAGACGCGGAGAACUUGUUUGGAUCUCGUGGCCGUGCGCGUUGCUAUGACGAACGAUCAAGACUUGGCCUGAUUCGAAUCUGUUAUGGUAUGAACAAGCGUAAGCAGAAGCGACAUCGAAGGUGGAUCAAAGACUUACCGUACGGUGCAGGUGUCGAAUCUUUCGCCGGAUUUUUGAUAGAUUCUUCAUCCUCUUCUCUGCUUCUGUUAUGAACUUUUUGCUUCCUUUGGAUUUCUGUUUUGUAUUCCUUCUGUUAUAGGACGCUGUAAUGAGCUGAAUCUCCGGUGCGGGACGAGGCCGUGGCUGCGGUAGGAUACGGGAAUGGUUGCCGGAAAGUGAAGAAUUGCCGGAUUUGCAGAACAGAGAAUUUGAAUGAGGGAAAUUGGGAUGGAGAAGAAUGAGGAAAAAAUUGUCACGAAGGAACUUGGAAUAGAAGUGAUUGCAGGAUGAAGAAAAUUUGGAAAAUCCCCCUUUGGAAUAGCCAUGAGGUUAGCUUUUAUAGCUUCUUCUCCAAAACAGUUAGAACUCCACUUAGAUUCUAAUGAAAUACACUCUAAAUUUGCUUGAAAAAUCAAAAACAGUUAUGAGUUAGUCAUCUAGUUAGAGGUUGUUAAGAAUUGGUUGAGGUUUUUGGCACGUGCGUUUGCAACUGGUGCAAGUUUAUUGCAGUUUUUCAAUCGCUGCUUCAUGCCGUUUUCCGCCUAUGGAUGCGUUGCUGUUGGGUUUAUGAAUUAUGCAUUACCGUAUUGGUGCAAAUUUGGGUUUUUUUAUCGAGAUAACCCACUUUUUCGAAAAAAUUCCCAAAAUACCCCAAUUUUCAGCAAAAUUCCCAAUCUACCCCACUUUUAGGAGGAGGCGCCAAUUGAAUUGGCGACUCCUCUUAAAAAUUGCAAGGAGGCGCCAAUUGGAUUGGCUAGGGCACCUGCCCUAGCCAAUCCAAUUGGCGCCUAUGUGUAAUUUUUAAGAGGAGGCGCCAAUUCAAUUGGCGACUCUCUUAAAAAAGCCUCAAAUGGAAAAACCUCCAACAUUAAAGUUGUAGAUCUUUUCAAGACAAUGAAUUUGGACAUAAAUUUUGCAUCAUUUGAAGUUUUUAUGAGAAAGUUAUUGGCAGUUGAAGUUGGACUUCUGAGUUUUUCAACUGUUAUCUGACCUAUAAAGUCUUGCAUUAUCGCAUGUGUUUCUUUUAGGAAUACUAAAAUUUGUCCAACAUAACAUUUGAAUUAGACAUCUCAAAUUUUCCAACGCACUUGGUCCCACCUCAAAAGAUUUAAAAAUGAGUGAGUUAGGUCCCUGCGAACUUGACCCAAAAUUAGGGUUUCUGUCAAAAUGACCUAUAAUGUUUUGAAAUGAAUGAUGACCUUCCAAGUUUCAAAUGGAUUUUUGAUAAACAUGAAAGUUGUUCAUAUGGCGACUGUUGUUAAAACUUGAAUGGAGGCGCCAAUUGGAUUGACUAUGGCAGGUGCCCUAGCCAAUCCAAUUGGCGCCUAUGUGUAGGUUUUAAGAGGAGGCGCCAACUCAAUUGGCGACUCCCUCAUAAAAUGCCUUUUUGUCUUAUAAAUAGAUGCGUUGUGUGACCAAUUGUUCCACAACUCAUAUAAUCAUUUGGCUAUCAUGUUUGGUGUUCGUCGCCGAUACGGUAAGGUGAUUUAUGCGAGAGACAAACCUCAAUUGCUGAUGCUGUUUUGGAACAUCACCACGUUAGAUCAACUGAAGAGGGAGCUGGUUCGAUGGUUAGACGGGAAAAUACCAGAAGGGGAAAAAAUCAGAAGUAUUGAGAGACUUGACAGUAUCUUUGGUUGGGUGCGAAUGAAGAUUGAUAAGGAUGCUAGGGAAAUGAUGUUCGGUCGAGACGACAUUAAUUUGAUUGUUGUAAUCAGUUAGAAUUAUUUAUGUUUUCAGAUGUUUUGUACUGAUGUUGGUUAUGAAACUCGUUGUAACAAGAACUUAAUGAUAUAUAAUGAUUGAUUGUUACAGAAAUACAAUUUUAAAAAAAGCUUAAGAUCUAGAUACAAUGUUACAAAAAACUUAAGAUCUAGAUGAUGCUCCUUGAUUGGGACAGUUGUUUUUGUUGUGUCCUGGUUGAAGACAGAUACUACAUAAUCUUAUCAUUUUAUCUGUGGAAUCCAUCUCUAUUCUGAUACGUGUGCUGUUUGGCCUUCCUUUCUUCUUUCUACGCAUCUCUUCAUUGUGCCAAACAAUAUCUCCUUCAUAUGGAGGCCAGUAAUCCUCCAUUGGUAGUACUGAAAAGCUUUGACUAUAUACAUUCAUGAUGGUGUUGGCCUUGUACACAUCAGAUAAAUGGGUGUAAGCGUCUUGACGAGUAUAAGCGCAUGCUACAAUGACAUGGGAGCAAGGUAUGCGGAAGGCCUGAAAUUUUCCACAAUCGCACCAACUUCUGUGUAGUCUAACAGCGUAGGCUAAAUUUGGUCUCCCCUCGUUGUUGCCCAUUGUUUCCUGGACGCUGAAAUUUUGUCUAUGACGGUCAAACACUGUUACAGCGUGUGUCGUAGCUUUGAUGCUCUCCUCUUUCAUGACCUUCAUGCAACACUCACUGAAUACUUGUCCGGACAUUAACACUGCACUCCAUCUUUCACCUCUGGUUGCGAACAUAGAAGCCAACCUAUAAUAGGUUGAUCUUACCAAGGCGGUUAUCGGAAGAUUUCGAAUUCCUUUGAAAACCCCGUUCAUGCAUUCCACAAUGUUUGUUGUCAUGUGGCCCCAACGACAACCACCGUCAAAUGCUCUUGUCCACUGCUCUACUGGGAUGUUAUUUAUCCAUCUCCCUGCGUCUUCAUUAGACAGUCGAAUUUCAUCACGAUAAUAUUGAAAUGACGGUUGAGUUAAAGCAUACCCAGCAUUCACCACCUUCUUGCGAAAAUUCUUAUCUUUUAUAGCACGCAUGAAGUUUUGUGCAAUGUGUCUGAUACAGUAGACAUGUGUAGAAGGAGGAUCAUGUCAUCCGUUAUCAUGGUUGUUGUAGGCACUUUCAAUGGCAGCAUGUCUAUCAGAAAUCAAACAUAGAUUGGCUUGUGGAGCGACAUGCGUUCUGAGAUGUCGAAGAAAGAAACCCCAUCCAUUAGUCGUUUCACCUUCAACAAGAGCGAAGGCAAUGGGAAAUACAUUGUUGUUACCGUCUUGUGCAACCGCCAUGAGCAAAGUACCCUUGUAUUUUCCGUAUAACCAAGUGCCAUCAAUUUGCAAGAGAGGUUUGCAGAAAGCGAAACCUUUGAUGCACAGGUCAAAUGCCCAAAAGAGACGGUGAAAUAUUCUAUUACUUGUAGCACAGGUUCCGUCUGGCAUCAUUGUUGGCACUGUCUCCAUAAUUGCCACAGUUCCUGGGACAUAAGUUUUUAGUGCCCAUAAAAACCGUGGUAAUUCCUUGAAUGAAUCCUCCCAGUUGCCGAAAACCUGUUCAACAGCCUUUGUCCUCGCAAUCCAUGCUUUCUUGUAAGAUGGAGUAUAAUUAUAUGUUGUUCAGAUAUGGGAUAUAAUUAUACUCACCUUCACUGAUGGGUCUUUAUUUACCAAUGGCAGAAUGUCUUGACAUAUCAAAGCCGUGCUCAGUUUACGGUGAUCUUGUUCAACGUUAGUUGCAACGCAACUGUGCGGUGGGUCUAUUGAAGCGAUCUCCCAAGAGUCAUUUUUCUUCUUGUAAGAUGCAGCUAAACGAAACUUACAAAGCAUGUUAUGAUAUUCGAUAACAUACCUUCUAGAAUCAGUGCGUUUCACUGUAAAGUCAGCAAAGUUGUUCAUGUGGAAUUUUUUGAUUGCCAAGACACAUUCUUCUUUGGUACGAAACAUGUCUCCCACCUUUAAUUCGCCUACUGGUCUCGGAUACGGAUUAUAGAAGACACUGUCGGAUGUUUCAUCGUCGUGAAGAUCCAUAUUUGUCAUAUGUUGAGGAGGAUUGUAGGCAUGACUAGGAGGUAUUGGAGGUGGUUGAGCAUCAUCUUCAUCGUCGUUGUUCAGCAUGUGAUCAACCUGUAUCUCGGUCUCCUCUUCUUCUUCAUCAACAACGUCGACUUCUACUUCUGCUUCUGGGUUAAGUUCAUCUGACCAUUGUGCAUCAUCUGUAGCAUCUUCACCAGUUGCAUCCUGAUCGGUUACUUGAGACUGUUGAGACGGUAUACAUGGUUGUAGAGUAAUGUACAACUCGAUACAAUCCAUGCCUGAAUGUUCAUGACUAAGAAACAUGUUUUCAACAUCUUCAUCGUCUCGUACCUUUAGGGGGAAAAACUUGCAUUGACCAUUCUCAAAAAAUAUAGGAUUUUGAUAUGUGAUCUUUGAUACAAUACCUGAUCCUAUAAAGGAUUGUAUUCUUUUUUUCAAAUGCAAAAAGGUUGCAUUUCUCUUGACCGUGAUUCUAAUGGUAUUAGUGUUUCUAAAACAAAAACCAUGAAGCUCAGACUCAAAAGUUUCACCGUUGCAGUGAACAUUGACACUGUAAAAUGAUGAAGAUGACAUUUUGGAGAUGAAAACUAUUUGCAAGUGCAGAUGAAUGUGAGUGAAGUGUCUUGGAUGUUGAUAGUAAGACACUUAAAUAGAUGGUAUCAGUGUCUCACAAGCUAGCUAGUUCUGAGAUGAUGUGUCGGACAUUGAAGCAUGCAAGCCAGUUCUGAGAUGAUGUGUCUCACAUGCUAGCUACUCUGAGAUAAUGUGUCAAGCAUGCAAGCCAGUUCUGAGAUGAUGUGUCUGUCAUGCAAGACAGUGUGAGUUGAUGUGUCAAGCAUGCUAGCCAGUUCUGAGAUGAUGUGUCUCACAUGCUAGCUACUCUGAGAUAAUGUGUCAAGCAUGCAAGCCAGUUCUGAGAUGAUGUGUCUGUCAUGCAAGACAGUGUGAGUUGAUGUGUCAACCAUGCUAGCUAGUCAUGAGAUGAUGUGUCUGUCAUGCAAGACAGUGUGAGUUGAUGUGUCAAGCAUGCAAGCCAGUUCUGAGAUGAUGUGUCUGUCAUGCAAGACAGUGUGAGUUGAUGUGUCAACCAUGCAAGCUAUCAACAAGUGACUCUUCAUCAUGCAGGAGACCGGACAGCCACGUGUCUGACAUGUAAGCUAGGUCUUAGAUGAUGUGUCAGUCAUGCAAGACAGUCUGAGAUGAUGUGUCAACCAUGCAAGCUAUCAAGAAGCUAGUCAUCAGCAUGCAGGAGACAAGACAGACACGUGUCGAACAUGCCACAUAGUCAGAGAUGAUGUGUCAAUCAUGCAAGCCAUCCACAAGUGAGUUGUUCAGCAUGCAGGAGACAAGAAUGCCACGUGUCAUACAUGCAGAUGGUGUCUCCAAUUGGUUUGGCGCCUACACUUAAGGCUUGUACAUGGUCGCCAAUUCAAGUGGCGACCCCAUGGAGUCAGUCCUCGAAACCAAGCAUUUAGAACUAGCCUUGCAUGCAUGUAUCUAUGGUGUCGCCAAUUUGAAUGGUGCCCCCUCUUUAGGAUUGUACAUGGUCGCCAAAUGAGGUGGAGACACCAUGCAAACACAAUUUUUUAUGCUUUCAUCCAUUUGCCUAUAAAUACAUCCACUCCUUCAACAAUUCUUCCACACCAACAUUCUCACUACUUCAUCUACAAUACUUCUUUUACAAUUUCAUCUUCAACAACAUCUUCCAAUUUCAUCUACACCAACUCCCCAACAAUAUGUCUUUACUCACAAUGGGUGAAGCACACAGAGGAACAAUUGCAAACAUCGCAACAUACGAUGUAUCAAGGUUUCGAACUCGAGUCCACGAAUUUGUCCCAAUGGACCCGAUGAUUCAACCUUAUGUUGAACUCGCCGGUUUUGGUCAGAUUAGCAAGAUUAUGUCUUGGUCUAUAGAUAACAAGUUCAUUCUAGCCUUAUGCGAAAGAUGGAGGUCAGAGACACACACUUUUUGGUUUCCAACCGGUGAGUGUACCGUGACGUUGGAAGACGUCUACAUGCUUUUAGGACUACGAAUUGAAGGCAAAGUUGUUAAUGGUAAGACCAAGUAUGCAAGUUCAAUUUGCAUGGAGCUUUUAGAAACUGAUUUGUUAGAUGAUAAUUCUAGAGGUCAAGGUAUACUACUCUCACGCCUAAAGUCAUAUUAUAAUAGUUUAUAUUUAGAUGAGCAUUCUACCGAAGAUGCUCGAAUAAUAAAAACUAGGUGUUACAUUAUGUUGUUACUAGGAUCCUUUUUAUUUCCCGAAGGUAGUGGUUCUAGCAUGCAUAUUAUGUACUUACCUCUACUUAGACAUGUAGAUAGAAUAGGUAGUUACAGUUGGGGAUCCGCAUGUCUAGCCUAUCUCUAUAGUUCGUUGUGCAAAAACUCCCACAAAGACACAUCUACAUUUCCUGGAUGUGCUGUUUUGCUACAAGCAUGGGGAUGGUCAAGACUACCGUCUCUAGCACCGGCCAAUAACAACCCUUUCAAUUUUCCAUAUGCAAAAAAAUGGUCGGCACGUGGUAUGAGUUACAGCAGAUGUCCGAGACACUGUAUUACUCAGUAUCGCAACCUGUUGGAUCACCUUCGACCGACAGACUUCAUUUGGCGUCCAUACCUUAAUCUGGAUCAUGAGCAUGAGGUCAACCCUGAAGACGCAACCGUAUGGACAGGAUGCACACCGAUAAUACGGUUCAUAACAGUGGAGAUGCACAACACCGAUCGUGUGAAGCUGCAGUUCGGUAUGGUCCAGAAUAUCCCAGAUCCCCCAGCUAGCCUAGGAGAAUGGCAUAUGCGUAAAUUGAACGACCAAUGGAACUUCAACCCUUGGUAAACCUUCGCAAGAUCGGAGUGUCGCAAGUGGAAGCACCGUCAUGACCAUGUCUUAACUGACGCAGUCAUGCCAAAUGAGGUAAAACCAAGUCGUACUUAUAUGGCUUGGUAAAGAUCAGUUGGAUUUCAAUUCAUCGCCGAUGAUAUGUACCUCUACGACCUACGCCAGACAAGUUACACACAAGAAGGAUCAACAUCUAACCCCCAACAACAUUCUCAGCCAGGUUACUCACAACCACCUAUCCGUCAAACUUUCCGUUCCACAAACACACAAACAUACAACCAAAACAUGUCAUUCACCCAACCCCAAUACCAAGAACAUCCCCCAUACCACCACCAACAAAUGGACCAUCAACCUCAGACCGAACAUCGCUUUGCACCCACACCAUCACCCUACGAAAGUCGCCUUAGCCAAAACACUAACCGUCCCUCCUCCUACCGUAGCCAAGAACCCUAAACAUCACAAUACCAAAACAUCCCACAACCAUAUCUCUUCCAAACACCCCAACAACCUUUCCUAGACCCAUCAUUCACACCCAUGUCUCCCUUCAACCGUCCCGGUCGCCCAUCCAUGAGUCAACCACACCCCAACUUCUCUGGCAUGGGUCAUGAGCUCAGCUACGUCGGUACACCAUCAUUGAAUAUUGAAGACUAUGCUGAGUUGGCUGAAUACCUCAACGGAUCUUCUCCUGUAAGAGGUAAUGACGCUCCUGGACCAUCAGAUGAACAAACACCGGUGCAGAAUCGUCAACGUGGGUUAGGGCCAAGGGUUAGGGUAGCUAGGGGAUGUGGGACCGGAGGUCGAUUAGGUGAUCCCGGUCAUCACCAUUAGGAUUCUUUCUGUAAACUCCAACUUAUAUUAAUAUCAAGUCGUAUUAUAUCAAAUUUAUCUUUGUGUAAACUCCAAACAUUAGGUUUCUUUGUCUAAACUCCAUUUUGGCAAAAUUCACAUACACAUGUUUUGACUGAAACCCUAAUUUUGGGUCAACUACCCAAGAACCUAACUCACUCAUUUUUAAUUAUUUUGAGGUGGGACAAAGUGCAUUGGAAAGUUUCAGAUGUCUACUUAAAUUGUUAUGUUGGACGAAAUUUCAUAAUUCAAAAAUAAACACAUAUCAUAAUACAAAACAUUAUAGGGCACAUAACAAUUGAAAUGUCAAAGAGUCCAAGUUCAGGUGCCCAUACCUUUCUCAAAAAAAAUGCAAAUGAUGCAAAAUGUUAGUCCAAAUUCAUUAUCUUGAAAAGAUGUACAACUUUUAUGUUGAAGGUUUUGUCAUUUGAGGGUUUUAUCAUUCAAACAGAAGGGCUUGAAGUUGGUCCCUUUUGGCAAAAUUCACAUACACAUGUUUUGACAGAAACCCUAAUUUUGGGUCAAGUUCGCAGGACCUAACUCACUCAUUUUUAAUUAUUUUGAGGUGGGACCAAGUGCAUUGGAAACUUUGUGAUGUCUACUUCAAAUGUUAUGUUGGACAAAAUUUCAUAAUUCUAAAAUAAACACAUGGGAUAAUGCAAAACAUUAUACGUCAGAUAACAGUUGAAAUGUCAAAGAGUCCAAGUUCAGGUGCCCAUACCCAUCUCAAACAAAAUGCAAAUGAUGCAAAAUUUUAGUCCAAAUUCAUUAUCUUGAAAAGAUCUACAACUUUUAUGUUGAAGUUUUUGUCAUUUGAGAUUUGUAUCAUUCAAACAGAAGGGCUUGAAGUUGGUCCCUUUUGGCAAAAUUCACAUACACAUGUUUUGACAGAAACCCUAAUUUUGGGUCAAGUUCGCAAGGACCUAACUCACUCAUUUUUAAUUAUUUUGAGGUGGGACCAAGUGCAUUGGAAAAUUUGUGAUGUCUACUUCAAAUGUUAUGUUGGAUAAAAUUUCAUAAUUCUAAAAGAAACACAUGGGAUAAUGCAAAAUAUUAUACGUCAGAUAACAGUUGAAAUGUCAAAGAGUCCAAGUUCAGGUGCCCAUACCUUUCUCAAAAAAAAUGCAAAUGAUGCAAAACAUUAGUCCAAAUUCAUUAUCUUGAAAAGCUCUACAACUUUUAUGUUGAAGGUUUUGUCAUUUGAGGUUUUUAUCAUUCAAACAGAAGGGCUUGAAGUUGGUCCCUUUUGGCAAAAUUCACAUACACGUGUUUUGACAGAAACCCUAAUUUUGGGUCAAGUUCGCAAGGACCUAACUCACUCAUUUUUAAUUAUUUUGAGGCGGGACCAAGUGCAUUGGAAAAUUUAAGAUGUCUAUUUCAGUUGUUAUGUUGGACAAAAUUUCAUAACUCUAACAGAAACACAUGCAAUAAUACAAAACAUUAUAGGUCAGAUAACAGUUGAAAAAAUCAGAAGUCCAACUUCAACUGCCCAUAACUUUCUCCUAAAAAAUCCAAA